UUGAGUGGAGCCAGGGCUGCCACUUCACCCCUUCACCUUCACCCUUACCCAGCGGUCUACCUGCAGGCAACCCUCUGUUUGCCUCGAGGAGAUAUAAAAGCAGUGCUGGCCCCCUCCGAGCGAGCCACUUGGACUCGAGUUCCCCGACGGACAGCAGUACACCGCGGCCCACCGCUUCGAUCACCUGCAAGUGUCCGAGGGCGCGCAACCCUUCCUCAGGCAUGGUGCGCUACACGAUGAUCGUGCUGUUGGCGGCCGCGAUGGCCGCGCUUCUCCUGGCCGACUGCGCCGUGGGGCAGACGUUCAGCUACUCGCGGGGCUGGAAGAGCGGCAAGCGCGCCGUGGGGGCGGCGGGAGCCGCGCUGCCGCCCUCAGGGCCGCCGUCCGUCAGCCUCGGGGGCAGGCCCGCCGACGACAUCCUGGCCGAGGACCUGCCCUUGUACCGCUACUUCUUGGAGGGCCGCGGCGAGCAUCGGGUGCCGUACGACCCCUGGCGCCUGGUGGAGGACCCCGUGCUGCACCUGGUGCGCCGACCCGGGCUGCCCCAGUCCAGCGAGCAGGCCGGCGAGCACGACGAGCGCUAGGGGCCCCAGCCCCCGCGUCCAGCUGACUACCCUCCGGAAGUCGGUCAAGGAACACGGCCGAUCUUGGCUGGCCCGCUUCCUAGAAGAAGACAUCUGCUCCUGAUUUAGAUCGGCGGCGAAGGAGCGAAGAGACUAAAAGGAGUCCAAGAAAUGUGAUGAGUCUUUUCAAAUGUGUAUUUUCAUAUUAUUUGUGUAAAUCUUGUUCACUGUGGGGAUUUAUGUUUCGUUUUCUAUCACUGUAUCGAUUUAUUCCUUAUAAUAAAUACUAUAAUGCCAUUCUGUG